CGCCUCCGUUCACUAGACCUUUACCCACUAGAAUAUAGGCGUCUUAGAGGUGAUUUAUUAAUGGCUUAUAGUAUUCUUAACACUUCUGGACAUCCUCUUAAACACCUACUUAAGCUUAGUUCGAACAAUAACCUAAGGGGUAACACCCAGAAACUGGAAACACAACAUAGCAAGACGGAAUGUAGACACAACUUCUACUCCUUAAGAGUUGUCAAAAGCUGGAACUCGCUGCCGGCCGAGCUAGUCCAAGCGACUUCUCAGGAGUCCUUCAAGAGGCAACUUGACCUAUUCUUAAGGACCAAGGACAGCAUCGCACUAUGAUUUACCAAUUUCUUUUCCUCUUUUAUUGUUAACAUACCUAGGUUCCUGCCUGGAGGAUUUGGUAACCCUUUGCUACUAGACACGGAAGCCUGUUAAGCGAAAGCUUCUUCUAUCCCGUCCACAAUCAUUUGAACCAUUUGUACCGUUUAAAACAUAUUGAGAAUUGGAUGUCGUUUUUAUUCUUUUUCAUUCAAAUUUUUGAAUGUUAGAAGGUGAUAUCGUAGGAAAGGAGUAAUAAACCAAGUAAUGCAACUUAAUGCUGAAUACGCUAGAGAACUAAGGGCAGUGUUCAAGAUUCUAGAGUUUUCCAUUGGUGUUAGUCUCAUAGUAUCAAUAAUUGUUGCUGAUCACUAUCGAAUUACUGCGACUGGUGGACUUUUAGCAUUCUUUGCACUAGUUGGGGCACUCAUAUCACUAUUUUUCUUCGUUAUUCAUCUAUGUGGCCUCAUUUACAAAAUUCGAGGGCCUGUUACACUGAUUGAAUUUAUUACGAUAAAAUUCUGUGCUAUUUUGGCCUUUAUCGCGAUGAUUAUAGCAGCCGCAACUGGUGGAGGUUCUUCAGCUUCGAUAGCCUCAGCACUGUUAAAAGUAGAUUCGAUGAAGCAUGUUUUUUUUCCUACUUGGGAUUCGUCGGUAUGUUGCACUUGCACUCCAAUGUUUAUGUCUACGACGACAUGUACUAUGUUUUAGUCUCCAUGUGAACAGCAACAUUACAGUGUAGUUACACCAAGCUAAUGAGUAGGCCCAAAUAGGACGCAAGUAUACUUAUGGAUUCUACUCCAAGUCAUUAUUCAAAACUAUAAUUAACUUUUAAGUGCAUAUACGAUUUAUGACCGGAGACUGGAUAACAUGCCCCAGAAUCACUCAUGAUGGCACAGAUGUACUCACUCUUGAUUUUUCUCCAUAUCUUCUGUGCUAGUGUUUCUCCAUACCUUUACACACUACCUUUUUGAAUAAUAUUCUCAAUGCUUAGUCUUUCUCAUUCUCCUUGCUACUACAUUACUUCAACCUAUUAAGCUAUACUGAUUGUUAAUUUUGUUUCGUCAAUCUAAUAUGCUAAUAAAAAAUUGAGCCAACGAAUAUUUUUUCUAGGCUCUACUCUAAUAAUAACUGACUGAAUGUAUGUGCAACAUCAAAACGUCCAGUCAACAAAUCCUAUAUACUGACAAGGAUAGAUGAAAUACGGUUUUCAGUAAUACAAAUUCCUACAAAUGAUAAUCGUUAAUUUUCAUUUUAUUAGUAAUAAAUAAAUAUCUACCCACUUUUGUGAACAAUCAGUGAAAUAGUCUCCUUUUUAUUAUUAAUCUUCUGGCAUUAUUUAUACAAUAGUAAUUAUUAAUGAUAUCUAAGUGUGCAAACUUUUUUUUUGAAUAUUCAGAUUGUAAUUAUAUAAAUUCUUGCAAAUAAAUUUAUACAUGUUUUCUCAA